UAAUGACGCGCUGAGCUGUCACUGCGAAAUAGACCACUUCGAGCUACUUCGGAACGAAAGCCCAACCGUGUCUGGACGUACCCCCAGCGUCGCAAUUCAGUGCCUCGCUGUGUCGGACUUCGCCGUCGGAGCCGUCGAAUUUUGUUGCCAGUGGGUUCGUCGUCUGCUGCUGGUCAUUUUGAGCUAAGGGACGACGGGUCUGGUGGAGUAUCGACAGUUCUGAGUCAGCUUGCGGUGUAGGUUUGCCAACUUCACGAGGUGAGCGAGCGAGAUGGCUAGCUACGAGUUGUACAGGAAAUCCUCCAUCGGAGUGAGCCUCACGGAUGCCUUGGACGAGCUCGUUACCAACGGCACGAUUUCUCCUCUGCUCGCUGUCAAAGUGCUCAUGCAGUUUGAUAGGUCAAUGAAUGAAGCUUUGAGCACGAAAGUGAAGGUCAAGACCAGUUUCAAGGGACAUCUUCACACUUACAGGUUCUGUGACAACGUUUGGACCUUCAUCUUGGAGAAUGCAUCAUUUAAAACAGAUAACGAUGUUACAGCUGUGGACCGGGUGAAAAUUGUUGCUUGUGAUGCCAAGAUUCUUGCUCGUUGAGGUGGCUGGGAAAGGGGAAUGGAGGAGUUGCAGAGCUCCACUUAUCCAGGUCGUAUUUUUCUGUGUGCCAUAACGUGUCGAGACCUAGCACCGCAGUUGUCAGUUGAGAUCCUCACUGAUACGAGCUUGAACUGCUUGAACUUGGAGGCAUUGCGAGUUUGAUUUGAAAUAUGAGAUACGUGAGCGCAACAGAUGGCAUCGCUCUUUCAAUGCGGUGUUUGAAUAUUCAAUCAUGAAGUGAAGGAUUUUAAUGGAGUAGUUUUAAUGGGUGCUCUUCUCCGUCCCUUUGUAAGCUGCAUAUAUUCUCAAAUGUAGGCAGGAUUUGCUACAUGCGUAUCUUUAACGCUUCAAUCUAAUAAAAUUACUAAUAAUCCAUUUUCAUUGAAAGUGAGAUCGUUAGCUUCGGUGUAGUAAGCAAUCCCUACAAGUGUUUGGAAGAGAAUGUCAAUUUUUCCACUGUUCAACUGUGUAUGCGAAUAUUUUCGAUUAAUAUUCCAACACAUCUUAGUA